CAUGAGUCAUCUGGUCCUGGAGUUUAGACGAGUCGAAACCUGGGCUAUUAAAUGUUAGUGAAGCUUGCCAUAUCACGCGACUGCUUGAAGCAUUGGACAAAAACCAGCGAGCUCGUCGCGUCGCUGCAGUGAUGAAAAUCAUGGCGGAUCAACAAUUCAACAACUUUCUCUGAUUAUUGAAGUCUGCUGCUGCCCGCCAUGAUGGAGCAUAUUCAAGGGGCCUGGAAAAGCAUCAGUCAUGGGAUUGGAUGCAAAGACUCGGUAUUUGAAGAAUCCUGCAUGUCUCCCACCAUUCUCAAUAACUUCCCGUACCGGAGAUUAUCAGAUGACGGGAGAAUCCCAGACUCGAAAACUAGCAGCACAAUCCGCGUCUACCUGCCCAACAAACAGCGGACUGUGGUGAACGUGCGACCAGGUAUGACGCUACGCAACUGCCUCAUCAAAGCCCUGAAAGUCCGUGGGCUUCAGCCAGAAUGCUGUGCUGUUUUCAAGCUUCAUCGAGAACAUUCAUUUAAAAAGUUGCGCAUGGAUUGGAGCACUGAUUCUACCUCACUGGUCGGAGAGGAGCUGCUGGUUGAAGUCUUAGAUCACGUACCCCUGACUACGCACAAUUUUGUACGAAAAACCUUUUUGAAGUUGGCCUUUUGUGACAUAUGUCAGAAGUUUCUUUUGCACGGCUUCAGAUGUCAGACGUGCGGCUACAAGUUUCACGAGCACUGCAGCACCAAAGUGCCCACGAUGUGUGUGGACUGGAGCAACAUCCGACAGCUCCUACUGUUCCCGACUCCCGGAGAGAACGGGACUCCAUCGCUCCCUCCCCUCUCAUCCCGUCGCAUGCAGAACUCGAAAUUCUCCUUCAGUCCCUAUCACAGAUACUCGACGCCAAAUGCUUUAAACUACAUCACCCCCAUGCCGUCCCCGGGUGUUUCUCUCAGUCAUAAAGUGCUGUCCACAUCCACCCCCAACGUCCACAUGGUGAGCACCACCCAGCCGGUCGAUGAAGCUGCUUAUCAGGAAGCCUUAGGGCGAGAUGAAUCCGGAAGCCCUCAAGAUCAGAGCCCGACGGAGUGGUCCAAAACCCCGGCUCCAGCUCACAGGGAGAAAGCGCCUUCGACCAACACUCAGGAAAAACGCAUCCGUCCUCGAGAGAAGAGAGAUUCCAGCUACUAUUGGGAGAUCGAGGCCACUGAGGUGGUUCUGCUCUCCAGGAUCGGCUCAGGGUCUUUCGGCACAGUUUACAAAGGGAAGUGGCAUGGUGAUGUUGCUGUGAAGAUUUUAAAGGUCACGAAUCCCACACCAGAGCAGUUACAGGCCUUUCGCAACGAAGUAGCUGUUCUCAGGAAGACCAGGCAUGUCAAUAUUGUUUUGUUUAUGGGAUACAUGACCAAGGCAAACAUGGCCAUUGUGACGCAGUGGUGUGAAGGAAGCAGCCUCUACAAACAUCUGCACGUGCAGGAGACCAACUUCCAGAUGUUCCAGCUGAUGGACAUCGCCAGACAGACGGCUCAGGGCAUGGAUUACCUACAUGCAAAGAACAUCAUCCAUCGAGACAUGAAGUCAAAUAAUAUCUUCCUGCAUGAAGGGUUGACGGUGAAGAUCGGUGAUUUUGGUCUGGCCACGGUGAAGGCGCGGUGGAGCGGCUCUCAUCGAGUGGAGCAGCCGUCUGGCUCUGUUCUGUGGAUGGCUCCUGAGGUCAUCCGGAUGCAGGACAACAAUCCUUACAGUUUUCAGUCGGAUGUAUACUCGUACGGUGUCGUCCUGUACGAGCUGAUGACAGGAGAACUGCCUUAUUCUAUGAUUGGAAAUAGAGAUCAGAUCAUCUUUAUGGUGGGGAGAGGCUAUCUGACCCCUGACCUCAGUAAACUCUACAAGAGCUGUCCUAAAGCCAUGAAGAGACUCGUCGCCGACUGCAUCCAGAAGUCCAAAGACGACAGACCGCUGUUUCCGCAGAUCCUGUCCUCGAUUGAGCUGCUCCAGCACUCGCUCCCCAAAAUAAACCGCAGCGCGUCCGAGCCGUCGCUCCACAGGGCCGCGCACACCGAGGACAUUAACGUCUGCACUCUGGCGCUUUCAUCCGCCUUCAAGUGAAGAGGACGCACUGGCCACAAGUCUCAUGUUAGAGCUGUGAACGUCCAGGAGUUGAUUUCUGUGCUUUGUUUAGUAUAUUCUGUGUGUUACCUUCAGUCGGCCGGUGCUUGAGCUGGCUGACUUUACUGAAGCUGCUCUCUCUUCUGCUCUGCUGGCGUUCGGUGCCCCAGGACCUGUUUGGGAGGGAGCAGCUGAUAGCACUUUCUUCACGCGGCUCACACUUUGAUUGAUUGUGUCUGGCUGUAUCAUUACUCCAUACGAUCACUCUGAGGGGUUUCUCAUCAACCAUGCAAUCAUGUGUGUCUGAAACGAGAGGCUCGACAUGGAGCCGGUUGUGUUUUUAUAUCAGACGCCAUCUAAACGCUUCCUUAGCACAAGCUAUAGGGAGCACUUUAUGAUCUCGAGUCUAGAUGUCUCUUUGACUGUGUAUGUUACGAAAAUCAAAGAAAGAAGAGUGGUCAUAAUUAACUUUAUUAUGAGACUUGUUAGGGAUUUCUUUCGGCUUUUAGUGCUUGUCAUGGAGAAUUAACUUGUGAACUUGACAGAUUGUUUAUUCAUUGUAUUUUAAUAAAAUUAAGUUAAAUACACCACA